GUAUUGAAUCAUUUAUUAAUUUUGGUACGGCUAAAAAAGAGAGAAUAAUAUCCUCUUUGAAGGGAAAACCUGUCUAUAAAUAUAGCUAGCUAGAGCUUUAAUUGAUUUUGUGGGAACUGAAGUAUCGAUAGUAGAGUUUUGACGAUCUUUUCGGGUGAUUGUGAUUCUGAUUGUACCUUUUUUGUUGGAUUUUGUUGUGAUUGGGAUAGCUUUUGCAGAGAAUUGAACUAACACCGCCGCCUCGUCGGAGCUGUCACCGCCGGUCAUGCUGAUUCAGAAGAGUGUUUGUCUCAGAAUACUGACUCGUUCGAGUUAUCACGCAUCAAAGAUUAGAGCUGCCAAUUUUGGUACUCAAGCGGCUGCAUCUUCCCUGCCAGAGCCUUACGCACCGUCAAGCUUCAGAUUGAAUGACAACGAUGAAUACGCACCCGUGGAUUGGAACAACUUAGGGUUCGGUUUGAUGCGAACCGAUUAUAUGUACAUGAUGAAGUGCGGGAAUGACGAGGAGUUCGAAUUCAAACAAGGCGAGAUCAGUCCUUACGGUAACGUCGAAUUGAGUCCUUCUGCAGGAGUGUUGAACUACGGUCAGGGAUUGUUCGAAGGCACGAAAGCUUUCAGAAGAGUAGACGGAGGCAUCUUCCUAUUCCGCCCCGAAGAAAAUGCAAUUCGGAUGCAAAUCGGCGCGGAACGGAUGUGUAUGCCUUCUCCCUCUGUUCGUCAAUUCGUCUCUGCUGUGAAACAAACUGCUCUGGCGAACAAGCGAUGGAUUCCUCCCCCUGGCAAAGGAUCACUCUACAUUAGGCCUCUGCUGAUCGGCAGCGGACCUGUUCUAGGACUAGCGCCGGCUUCGGAAUACACGUUCUUAGUGUAUGCUUCCCCUGUUGGAAACUACUUCAAGGAAGGCACUGCGCCGCUCAACUUGUACGUCGAAGACGAGUUUCACCGCGCCGCCCGCGGCGGCGCGGGCGGCGUCAAGACCAUCACCAAUUAUGCACCUGUUUUGAAAGCUAUAAGCAAGGCAAGGGACCGAGGAUUCUCCGACGUCUUAUACCUCGAUUCUGUUAACAAACGGAACAUCGAGGAGGUCUCUUCUUGCAAUGUCUUCAUCGUCAAGGGAAACACUCUGUCGACUCCGGCGACAAAUGGAACCAUUUUGAAAGGAAUCACGCGUAAAAGUGUCAUGGAAAUUGCUUACAUUCUCGGCUACGAGGUCGAGGAGCGCUGUAUCUCGAUAGAGGAACUGAUGGAAGCUGAUGAAGUGUUCUGCACCGGAACAGCAGUCGGCGUCGCGCCUGUAGGAAGCGUUACGUAUAAGGGCAGCAGGAUCGAUUAUAAACUCAGCUCGCCUCUGGUGUCGGAGAAGCUUUAUUCAAGAUUGAUCGCGAUACAAAACGGUGUUGUCCCGGAUACUCAAAGAUGGAUGAUCCAAAUCGAUUGAAGAAUGUCACUCCAUCGUGUUUACUUUUUAAGAUAAAAUUAUAUAUUUUUUGAAAAUUCAUCAAUAAUGUAAAGGUUCCUAAUGUAGUGAAUGUCUAUAAUGGUAUAGACUAGUGUCACAUUUAAGUAAAAAUAAUGAAAUACCAAAUUUUAAUUGAAAUAAUAUGAAUGCAACAUAUAAAUUAAAUAAAUAAUAA